AACCGCAAGCGUCGAUCUGUGCAAGUCGCGACAAGAAAGUUGCAAACGUAGUGCUAAGUGCAGUGAGUAGUAACGCAGAAAUAUGGGUGAAUGCAGUACUCUUGGUCAAAACCUGCCAUCAGGGUCAGGGCUGUGUGGCAUCAAAAGAAGUCAUUCCAGUGAUGACAGUGAUGAUGCCACCAUCCCAACCAAGGUCUUCAAAAAUGACAUUUGUAGGUUGAUUGAUUUGCCAGAGCGCCAUACGGAUCCUGGAUCAGAGACUGAGUUUUCAUUUCAGGAAGAAGAAACAGAUUUAUGUUGCCGCAGCAGCGAAACGUCUAGCAGUGAGUGGUCAGAGAGAAAUGCAGUAGGUCGUGUCGAAUUUGAAAUACGGUCACCUAAUGAAGGGCCGAAUCCUUUUGGUGAUAGCAGUACUGCGAGUGAUGCCAGUGUGAACGAGCUUCAAGUUGUUGGGCUUCCACCACCCAAGACAUGGGACAACGCAGGAAAUUCUAGUUGUGCUUCAUCAGGCAGCUCUGACGUCUUUGAUCCAGAAAUCCCGAGGAGGGAUUACUGGACGUGUCUGCAGUGCAGCAACGUGAACAACAGACCUGCAUUCCGAUACUGCGAGAAAUGUUACAAGGUGAGGCGGGACAUGUACCAGCCGCGGGUGAAACCGAGGAAGAGGAGAAAGAGGAAGAGCUCAAAGGGAGUGGCCACUGCAAGGAAUUCCAUAGCUAUGAAGGCAGUCAGUGAGAGGACUACAAGCACAAAUAAAUUUCAGCCCAACAGUACAAUGUUCAGAGACACUUUUAAAAGCUGUGAUGAUUUGAAAACAUCACCAAUAGCUUUUAGUGGAGUAAAACUGGAAUCGUGUUCCCAGGAGAACAGGGACAGUGGUGUAGCUUGCAGCCAGAGCAGUGGUGUGGCUUGUAGUCAGAGCACAGUUGCCUCUGCCCUGCCAGCAAGUGGCAAAGACAGUGACUCCAGCCUGAGUCCAGACUCUGGUGCCGAUACGCGGGAAUUCCAUGGCAUCAAGCUCUCCAGCACCAGAGAGCACAGUUUGAAAGUCAGCUCACUGGGACUCGACUUGAGACAAAGUGUUGAUGUAGUCGAUUUGUUAGCACGUGUUACACGUCGAGAAGCUUGUGUGAUUGCCUCACAGUCAAAUAAUUUACAUCAAGACAGCAGUCGAAAUGACUCAACAUCACAGACAUCGUGUCGAGAUGUUCAGAGAGCUGAAUCCUUGUGGCCUUCUCAGAGUCAAGCUGUUCAUGCUGUGCGGACUUUGUAUAGAAGUGUGGAUGAGGUUGAUGCUGUGGAGCCUUACAUAAAUCAGUGUGUUGAUGAAGUUGACACUGUGAAUCUCUCCUCGAGUCAGGGUGUUGAUGAAGUCAACACUGUGCAUCCUUCGACUGUUCAGGGUGUUGAUGAAGUAGACGCUGUGCAUCCUUCCAUGAGUCCGGGUGUUAAUGAAGUAAACACUGUGCAUCCUUCCAUGAGUCCGGGUGUUGAUGAAGUCGACGCUGUGCAUCCUUCCACGAGUCAGGGUGUUGAUGAAGUCGACGCUGUGCAUCCUUCCACGAGUCAGGGUGUUGAUGAAGUUGACGCUGUGCAUCCUUCCACGAGUCAGGGUGUUGAUGAAGUCGACGCUGUGCAUCCUUCCACGAGUCAGGGUGUUGAUGAAGUCGACGCUGUGCAUCCUUCCACGAGUCAGGGUGUUGAUGAAGUCGACGCUGUGCAUCCUUCCACGAGUCAGGGUGUUGAUGAAGUCGACGCUGUGCAUCCUUCCACGAGUCAGGGCGUUGAUGAAGUCGACGCUGUGCAUCCUUCCACGAGUCAGGGCGUUGAUGAAGUCGACGCUGUGCGGCCUUCCACGAGUCAGGGCGUUGAUGAAGUCGACGCUGUGCGGCCUUCCACGAGUCAGGGCGUUGAUGAAGUCGACGCUGUGCGGCCUUCCACGAGUCAGGGCGUUGAUGAAGUCGACGCUGUGCGGCCUUCCACGAGUCAGGGCGUUGAUGAAGUCGACGCUGUGCGGCCUUCCACGAGUCAGGGCGUUGAUGAAGUCGACGCUGUGCGGCCUUCCACGAGUCAGGGCGUUGAUGAAGUCGACGCUGUGCGGCCUUCCACGAGUGAGGGCGUUGAUGAAGUCGACGCUGUGCGGCCUUCCACGAGUCAGGGCGUUGAUGAAGACGACGCUGUGCUGCCUUCCACGAGUCAGGGCGUUGAUGAAGUCGACGCUGUGCGGCCUUCCACGGGUCAGAGUGCUGAUGAAGUUGACUCUGCGUGCCCUUCCACAGGUUGUGAUGUUGUUAAAGUUGAUGCUGUUUGGCCUCCUGUGAGUCAGAGUGUUGAUGAAGUGGACACUGGGCAGCAACACACAAGUCGGAUUGUUGAUGAGGUUGACUAUGUGCAGCAUUCCAGUAAGGGAAGUGUCUAUGAACUGCGCUCUGUGAAAACUCAGACUGAUCUCUGCUUUAUUUCAAAGAGUGACAUACCGAAAGAAAAGCCCAUUGUUGAUGUCGAUAAAUGUAUGACGUGUUAUUCGAGAUCACUGGAUGGAAUUUUUGUGCAUUCGAAAUAUGCACAUAUGUGCUGUUGCUAUAAAUGCACAGUGAGAGUGUGGAAAACUACAAAACGUUGCCCUCUAUGUAAUUGUAAAGUGAUGAACGUGCUACGCUUGUUCAAAGGAUGUUGAAAACAUUAGGUAAGACGUGUGUGUGUGUGUGUGUGUGUGUGUGUGUGUGUGUGUGUGUGUAAAUUAAAAUCCCAUGAAGUGCAAUGUUGCAGAAUGCUAGACUUGUCUUACUAGUGAAACAUAGUGCUAGGAGUAUAGUGCUUUUGUCAUUUGCAACUCUCAAAGAGCUUUUUGUUAAUUUUCUGUUAUUGCCAGCUGAAUACGGGUUCACAUUCCUCUGUGCAGUCACUUUCAAAUUAGUGGAUGUGUGUUUCUUCCUCCUAUCUGGUGAAAAGUGGCUAGUAAAGGAACAUGAUUCUGGCCUAUGAUCAGACACCCACAAUGCAUCUUUAAAAUGUAUGAAGCAUAGGGCUCAUGGCACAAUGAAGACAUCUAGUAAGCACUACAGGAGAGAACAUUACUUUUGUGUGUAUGGCUUGUGAUGUCACUGGCAAACAGAAUAUGCAAAAUGAAAUGAACGGAAUGGUGCAAUAUAGAACUGCAAUUUGUGCCCAUUUAGCCUUUUUUCUGUAUCACGUAUGUGAUGUUAAAACUUUAUGCAAAGAACAGUGCAACAAUAUAUCAUAUGCUCUGUUGUAAGAAUAAUUUAUUUCUGUUGUUGAUGAGAUCUCAUUAUGUAGUGAAAUGUUGAAUUUGUGACCUAAUAAACUUGUUAACUUGUU